CUGCUCCAUUCUUGCAAUGAUGAUGAUGAGAAUGUUGCGAUUCCUGCAGUACAUCUACUAGAGCUGUCUGCUCUCCGGAAACCUGUGUCGACUUGCCUCUCGCCUCUCUUACACACUCUCUUUGCACGCGGUCGCCCUCGUCGGACGUUUAGGUGGUCUCUCAGAAGCCAGCCCGCACGAUUCGGCCGACAUCAUGUCCGAGUGCGACGCAGGCAACGAGUUCGACGGCCGUCUGGGCCUUCGCAUCUCCAGCAUCUUCGUGAUUCUCGUCGGAUCUGCCCUAGGAGCAGUCUUCCCUGUCUAUGCAUCCAGACAUCGCGGAACCGGCGUGCCAGAAUGGGCCUUUUUCAUCGCCAAGUACUUUGGCUCGGGAGUGAUUGUGGCCACGGCCUUCAUACAUUUACUUGCACCCGCCGAGGAGGCAUUGACGAGCAAUUGCCUGACCGGACCCAUCACCGAAUACACAUGGGUCGAGGGCAUUGUACUCAUGACCAUCUUCCUCCUCUUCUUUGUCGAGCUCAUGACAAUGCGCUACGCGAAAUUCGGCCAUUCUCACGACCAUGAUGCCGCGCAUGAAGCAUCCGGCCAAGACAAAAUGCUAGAGCUGAACAGUUCCGUCACUAGUGUCAGGUACCUGGAUGAGCCGCAUGUCAAAAAUGAUAGUGGCAACGACUGCCCAACCAACCCCCAUGUGCCUGGCGAUGAUCAUCUAUCGCAUGCUCGAGAGCACCAAGGCUCAGCAUUGGGUACGACGGUCCAGACACACAAAACCUUCGACCCCGAAUCAUACGCUGCCCAGAUGACUGCAGUGUUCAUCCUGGAAUUCGGUGUCAUCUUCCACAGUAUCUUCAUCGGUCUUACCUUGGCAGUCUCGGGCUCGGAAUUCGAUACGCUCUACGUGGUUCUCACCUUCCACCAGACAUUCGAAGGACUGGCGCUUGGUUCACGACUGGGCAGCAUUGAAUGGCCCGAAUCUAAGAGGCUAACACCAUACUUGCUGGCCCUUGCCUAUGCUCUGUCGACUCCCAUCGCCAUUGGAGUGGGCUUGGGUGUUCGCACCGCAUUAAAUACGAACAGCCAGUCUUUCCUGAUCGUCAACGGCGUCUUCGACAGCAUUUCGGCGGGAAUCCUCAUCUACACUGGCUUGGUGGAACUGAUGGCCCACGAGUUCAUGUUUAGUUCCUAUAUGCAAAGGGCGCCGAUAAGGAUGGUGCUCUCCGCUGUGGGCUGCAUGGUGCUGGGAGCACUCCUCAUGGCCGUUCUUGGAAAAUGGGCAUAGACUCUCAAAUGACAACGCCGAUCGGGCGUUCACGACUGCGAUGAUAUAUAGAACGAUACAUUGGCUGGAGCUGUAUUAAGGUAAACAGCCACUUACAGCUUGGACCAGAUACAUCAUGUAUACUUGAUGACAGUAGCUUGUCUCACACAGCACAUCUGCUUAAGCUCCUCAGCGGUCGACUGGAAUGUUUUGAACCCAGAUGUGUGAAUGACGCGCACCAGACGGACUCGACGGAGACAAGGCCCGGCGUUAAUAACGCCGCAUUUAUCGGAGUCUAUGACCACAAAGGCAGUCCAGACUACCUUAUCUACCCUACAUGUCGGCACGCAUAUAUAUGUUUAUUGAUGACCCGUCAUCCAUUUGUUGAACAGUAUCCGCAUCAUUAGCACACACAUUACCACAUCACACUUUCUCUCCAAGAUGGCAGCCUUUUGGUCCAAAUUCCUCUAUUCUCAGUUCCUCGUCACACCCCCGCGUCCGGAGCAAGACUGCACCGGCAAGACCAUCAUCGUCACAGGCGCGAAUGUCGGCCUGGGCAAGGAAGCUGCACGGCACUUCACUCGACUCAACGUAAAGAAGCUCAUCAUUGCCUGCCGCUCCCUCGAGAAAGGAGAAGCAGCAAAGCGCGACAUUGAAGCCAGCGAAGGCCGCAAAGGCGUCAUUGAAGUCUGGCAACUCGACCUGUCGUCGUACGAGAGCGUCAAGGAUUUUGCCAAGCGAGCACAAGGCCUCGAGCGAAUUGACACGGUCGUCGAGAAUGCAGGAAUUGCUACCAGCAACUACCAGUCGGUAGCCGGCAACGAAUCGACCAUCACCGUGAACGUCGUCAGCACAUUCUUACUCGCACUGUUACUCUUGCCGAAACUGCAACAAUCGAGCAACAAGUUCAACAUCCGCCCCACGCUGACCAUUGUGUCAUCCGAAGUCCACUUCUUCACGAGCUUUCCCGAAAAAUCCAGCAGUGACAUUUUCGCCACGCUGAAUGCCAAGGAAACGGCGCGCAUGCAGGAUCGGUACAAUGUCAGCAAACUCCUCGAAGUGCUGACCUGUCGCGAAAUUGCUCGACUACAUCCGGGCAGUCUGGGGAAUGUGACGUUGAAUUUCGUCAAUCCGGGCUGGUGCCAUUCCGAGUUGAUGCGCGAGAUGAUGAAUCCCAUUCUCCAGCUGGUCAAGUUGAUCAUGUGCCGGACGACGGAAGUGGGCUCGAGGACGCUCGUCAAUGCGGGACUGAGCAGUGAGGAGACACAUGGAAAGUAUAUGAGUGAUUGCCACAUUGCUGAAUGUUCGCCUUUGGUGACGGGUCCCGAAGGCCCCGAGUUGCAGAGGAGAGUGUGGGCUGAGCUGAGCCAGAAGCUGGAGGCCAUUGAGCCAGGUGUGACGGGAAACUUGAAUGUUUAAAAGGGCGUAUUGAAGAAGUGACGGACAGGCUGAUCAGGGCAGUGAGUUCGAUAUGGACUCGAUCAAGCAGGCAGAUAAUUUUUUUUUGGUUGAGAGUUGUGAUCAAACGACAGAUCAUCAUCACCAUCACCAUCAUCUACUACAACGACUCCUCAAUCUUGAUCAUCUCCUCAAUCCUCUUUCGAAUCUCCCCCUUCACCUUCUCCUCCGGCUCCUCAUACGGCCUUCUCGGCCUCAACUUCUCCUCGGCCCCCUCAAUCCCCGCCCACCUCGCCGACGUCAAACUCACCGCAUACUUGGUAUUCGCAAUGCCCGCCUUGGUGACACUCUCCGCCCCGGCAGCAAUCUGAUGCAACCGCAGUGCCUCAUCCGUGUUGCCUUGCUUCCACAACCGAUAGAUGUGGGAAAUGGUGCGAGGGAAGACGUUUGCAAACGCGGCGAUGCAGCCUGCAGAGCCGGAUGCGAGACCGCCGAUGAGGAAGUCGGAUUGUCCGCCAAAGGUGGCAAAGGUGGAGGCUGGGAAGGCGGAGGAGAGACGGGUGAUUUUGCCGACUUGGGCACAAGUGAGUUUGGUGCCGACGAUGUUCUCACACCUCCCCUUCAACUCCACCAUAACAUCCGAAUCCACAUCCACGCCAUUACACACCCCGGGAAAAUUAUAAAUCACAACCGGCAACACACUCUUCUCCGCAACCUCCUGAUAAAACUUCUUCACCACGGCCCCCGUCGUCUGUUUCCCAAAAUACGCACAAGGCAACACCAACGCAUAAUCCGCUUUCGCAGCCGCCGCGUCCGAAAUGAAUUCGAGGACUUGCUUCGUACUGUGGCCGGAGACGCCCGCCAUGAGUGGAUAGUUGGGACCGACGGCCGAGCGGGCUGUCUGGAGGAGGGAGGCGCGUUCGGAGCGUGUGAGGAGGAAUGUUUCGGCGUUGGUGCCGAGGAUGACGAGGCCAGUGAGAUGUUGCGAGAGAUAGGUGUAGUAUUUCUUUUGUGCUUCGAGAUCUAAUUCGUCUGUUUCGGGAUCGAAAAAAGUCACGGCUGGGGCCCAGAUUCCUGCUGGAGGGACUUUUGGAGUCGUAGUAGUAGCCAUAGUUGGAAGAUGAACUGUUUCCCGUCCUGGUAG